AUGCCCCAACCUUCUUCCCCAAGAGAUAGUGAUUAUGUUCCUACUGAUAGGGAGGAUGUUGAUAAAAAAGAAAGUGAAGACUCUCACUCUGAUGAAUUGCUCCAUGGUUAUUCGCCUCCACCAUCACCGAAUGAUGAAGAUGCACCUAUCACUCAAACGGAUUUGAAAGCUCUAAACGAGAAAUUGGAUUCUAUCAUUGCUUCUUCUACUGUUUCUUCUAGCCAAGCUUACUCAGAAGCCGCUGUAAAGGAGAUCAAUAUGGCUGCAACAACAAAUGCUUCUAAUGCGAAUGAUGCUAUUUUCAAUCUCAAUGCUUCGAUUCGAAAAGAACAAGAGUCUAUUGAGAAGCUUCAGGCUAAUAAUUCUGUUGAUAACUCUGCCUUUCAGACAUCAAUUUCUUCUAGAUUUUCCUAA